AGGAUGGAUGUGCUCGACAGCCUUCUCGUGAAUGGGAGCAACAUCACCCCUCCCUGUGAGCUGGGAAUCGAAAAUGAGACGCUCUUCUGCUUGGAUCAGCCCCAUUCUUCCAAAGAGUGGCAGCUGGCUGUGCAGAUCCUCCUGUAUUCCUUGAUAUUCCUGCUCAGCGUGCUGGGAAACACCCUGGUCAUCACGGUGCUGAUUCGGAACAAGAGGAUGAGAACUGUCACCAACAUCUUUCUGCUCUCCCUGGCCGUCAGCGACCUCAUGCUCUGCCUCUUCUGCAUGCCGUUCAACCUCAUCCCCAACCUGCUCAAGGAUUUCAUCUUCGGGAGUGCUGUUUGCAAGACUACCACCUACUUCAUGGGCACUUCAGUGAGCGUCUCCACCUUUAAUCUGGUGGCCAUAUCUCUGGAAAGAUACGGUGCAAUCUGCAAACCCUUACAGUCCCGGGUCUGGCAGACAAAAUCCCAUGCUUUGAAGGUGAUCGCCACUACCUGGUGCCUCUCCUUUACCAUCAUGACUCCGUACCCAAUUUAUAGCAACUUGGUGCCUUUUACCAAAAAUAACAACCAGACCGCAAACAUGUGCCGCUUCCUACUGCCGAAUGAUAUGAUGCAGCAGUCCUGGCACACGUUCCUGUUACUCAUCCUCUUUCUUAUUCCUGGAAUCGUGAUGAUGGUGGCCUAUGGAUUAAUCUCUCUGGAACUUUACCAAGGAAUAAAAUUUGAUGCUAUCCAGAAGAAGUCUGCUAGGGAAAGGAAACCGAGCAGCAGCAGCGGCGGCGGCAGGUACGAGGACAGCGACGGCUGUUACCUGCAGAAGCCCAGGCCCCGCACCCGGCUGGAGCUGCAGCAGCUGUCCAGCAGCGGGGGCGGCAGCAGAGUCAACCGCGUCAGGAGCAGCAGCUCGGCGGCCAACCUAAUGGCCAAGAAGCGGGUGAUUCGCAUGCUCAUGGUCAUCGUGGUCCUCUUCUUCUUGUGCUGGAUGCCCAUCUUCAGCGCCAACGCCUGGCGGGCCUAUGACACGGCCUCAGCCGAGCGCCGCCUCUCCGGGACCCCCAUUUCCUUCAUCCUCCUGCUGUCCUACACCUCGUCCUGCGUCAACCCCAUCAUCUACUGCUUCAUGAACAAACGGUUCCGCCUCGGCUUCAUGGCCACCUUCCCCUGCUGCCCCAACCCCGGUCCCCCAGGGGUGAGAGGGGAGGUGGGGGAGGAGGAGGAAGGCAGGACCACGGGGGCCUCCCUGUCCAGGUAUUCCUACAGCCACAUGAGCGCCUCUGCCCCACCCCCGUGAGCUGUCCCCAGCGCCAGUGCCUCCGCAGGAGGGGGUGGAGGGGGGGAGAUGACAAGGAGGGUUCCAUUUCCAGUGGGAAUUGUUCACUGUCUGCUUUUCAUCCUUCAUCCGGGUUCCAGGGGAAGUCUACGGAGGCUGGGGCCCGCACUCGGUUUCUGGGCGACUGGAGGCAGGA